CUAAACAAAAUUCCUCAUUUCUUACUUAAAUGGGCUAUAAUUAAAUAGCCCACAACUUCAAUAUUUAAACAAAAUUCCUCAUUUCUCUCUAGGGUUUUUUACAUCCACGGCUCACGAAAAUGCCGUCGCACAAGACGUUCAUGAUUAAGAAGAAGCUGGCGAAGAAGCAGAGGCAAAAUAGGCCAAUUCCUUACUGGAUCCGUAUGCGCACGGACAACACCAUCAGGUACAACGCCAAGCGCAGGCAUUGGCGCCGUACCAAGCUAGGGUUUUGAGAUGCUGGUUGGGAAUUUUUUUUGGAUGCUUAGUGUUAAUGGGUUUUAGUUUUUUUGCUUCAUUUGUAGAGACUGAAACCUAUCUCCCGAGACAGAAGUGUUUUUUUUAUUAAGAUAACAAGUUUGAAAAUUAUGGAUUA